AUGUCGGCUACCUCGCCUUUCUGGUCGUCAUUAAGGGGCCUUCAACUGAUCCAGGAGACGACCCGAAAGGCCGACGAGCCGUUGAUCAAAAGAAUAGCCGACGGCGAUCGUUCUCCCAUUUUGUGUGCUCAACCCAUAUCCACAUUUCUCAUCAGCUCAGGGACUAGUAGUGGUGAACCAAAGCUUAUUCCAUCAAACAAGGAUAUGUUAGAUCUACUUACUCUCGGGCUUACUGAAUCUGUUCUUAACCAGCAUUUCGAGGGGCUGGACAAAGGCAAAGGGCUCAACUUCAUGUUCACGAGAGCCGAGACGAGAACUCAAGGCGGGGUCACCGUACAAACGGCGCUCACUUACAUCCACAAGAGCCAAGAACACAAGAAACGAAUCGAAGAUGCUUUCACGAGCCCAACCGAAGCAGUUGUCUGCUCCGAUUCGCUCCAGAGCAUGUACGCGCAAAUGUUGUGCGGCCUCUAUGCGCGUGAACAAGUUCUCUGGGUCGGUAAACUCUUUGCAUACGGCCUCGUCCGCGCAAUCAAGUUUCUCGAGCAGAACUGGCAACAACUGACCCACGACAUAAGAACUGGGUCGCUCGACCCGAAGGUGACCGACCCGGCGAUCCGCGACUGCAUGUCGCGGAUUGCACGACCCAACCCUGUACUUGCGGAUUCCAUCGCCCGCGAGUGCUCCAACAAGGAUUGGGCCGGGAUCAUCCCCCGAAUCUGGCCCAACGCGAAAUAUCUCAACACAAUAGUCACGGGCCCAAUGGCCCAAUACAUCCCGACCCUCCAAUACUACGGCGGAGGACUUCCGAUAGUGUCCAUGGCGUACGCAUCGUCCGAAUGCUUUCUCGGGAUAAACCUUGAUCCCACGUGCCGCCCGUCCGAGGUCUCCUACACCUUCAUGCCAUUCAUGGCCUAUUUCGAGUUCUUGCCGGCUGACGACCGCUCAGAGCCUGUUGACAUGGUCAACGUCGAGUUCGGGAAGGAGUACGAGGUGGUGGUCACUACAUUGUCUGGGCUCUACCGGUACCGACUCGGAGACAUCGUGCGGGUCUCCGGUUUCCAUAACUCUGCCCCGAAAUUCCGGUUCGUGAGAAGGAAAGACGUGGUGCUUAACAUCGAUUGGGAGAACACCAAGGAGACGGAGCUCCAAGAGGCGGUGGAGAAAGCGGCCCGACUUCUCUUACCGCACGGGAUUAGAGUGCUCGACUACACGAGUCGUGUGGACCCCACUACCGUCCCGGCUCACUACAUCGUGUAUUUGGAGCUAUUAAACGAGAGUGAGUCGAGUGAUCAACUUCGGGCCGUGUGGGAGGAGUGUUGUGUGGCGAUGGAGGAAUCGUUCAAUUGGGUGUACCGUAAGUUGAGGGAUAGCUCGAUUGGGCCGUUGGAGAUUAGGGUUGUGAAAGAUGGGACGUUUGAAGAGGUAAUGGAGUGGGCCGUGUCACGAGGUGCAUCGUUCGGGCAGUUCAAGGUGCCCCGGUGUGUGAGCCGGCGAGAAAUGGUCGAACUUCUCGACUCGCGGGUCGUGGCCUCGUACUUUCGCCCGCCAUUGCCGGAUCAACCUACGGAACCGCGUUACUAG